GUCCCAACCCCACGUCUCACACCUGUUAUAUAACCCAUUUUCGCUCGAUAGUAUCGCUGCUGAAUCUUUGUGUCAUUCCGAUCAUCAAAUUUCAUCUUUCUCAAGCAUCCGAUCAUGGCCAAGAUUAGGGCUUUUUUCAUCCUCGCUCUUCUUCUUCUCUCUUCUUCUUUCUUCCUUCAAGUUGCUAGGUCUCAGUCUGAUCCAGACGCAGAAGCGGAUGCCGAACUUGUGGCGGAAACUGUCGAGGAAGGAAGUCAUGUUGGUGACGAUGUUGAGGAUAUCGGUAUUGGGAAUUAUAAUCCGGCUCCUGGUGUGGAAACCGUGUCGGUUUUCCCUAAAAACUUUGCGAAAUUGGUAGUAGCAGGGCAAGAAACUGAACUUUUGAUUGGAUUGAAAAACGAAGGAGAACAAAACGUUAAGGUUUUUGCUGUUCACGCUAGUAUUCAUCUUCCUUUCGAUCAUCGGAUGUUGGUUCAAAACCUCUCUACAGUGGCUUUCAACGAUGCAUCGGUCCCUGCUUCAGUUCAAGCUACAUUUCCCUAUACAUUUGCUGUCAGCAAAUUCUUGCAGCCUGGAACAUUUGAUCUUGUUGGGACAAUAGUGUACGAGAUCGACCAACUACCAUACCAGAACGUAUUCUAUAAUGGCACCAUUGAAGUUACCGAAGCCGGUGGUCUUGUUAGCGUUGAGACCGUGUUCUUGGUGUCACUUGGACUUGCUCUUCUUGUGCUCUUCGGCUUGUGGGUCCGCACUCAGCUACAGUCUCUUUCCAAGAAAACGAAGAAGAUAACUAAGGUGGAAGUUGGAACUCGAACUGUCGAUGCAUCAAUGGAUGAGUGGCUGCAGGGAACUGCUUAUACUCAAUCACAAUCGAACAAACUGAAGAAGAAGAAGUAGAGGAGUAGUUUUCGAUGUUGAGCAAAGGUAGUCAGUCGGUUGUAGAGCGACCAACAUUCUCGUUUUCUGUUGAGUUUUAACUAGCAAUUACAGGCAUUUGUUUUCUUUUUAGAGUGUUUUAUAUACCUGCAAUUUUAGUUUUGGCAAAUUUUCAACAACUUUCCAAUCGUUUAAAUCCUGCUGUUUAUUUGUGCCA